AUCACGUGAUAUAUUUCGCGCCAGGUUCGUCGGUACGAUUAUACACAAAAGACCGAGUCUCUGUCUGUUUACACGUAAUAUUUCGCUAAUUUUACCGUAUAUUUUGAAGUUUUACUUUAAAAAGGGGUAAAUACACAAGUUGUCAUCAUGUCAGCCAAAGAUUACAUUGCAGAAAAGGAAAAAUGCAAAGGAUUCUUGACAGAUUUCUAUGUUGAUGGAGGCAGGAAAGGAAAAAAGGACUUCAAAUAUGCACAACAAUUGGUGAGCAUUGCACACAGAGAGCAAGUGGCCGUCACCAUCGAUCUCGACGAUGUGUCCGAGCACGACCCAGAGCUGGCGGAAGCCAUCAUUGAGAACACCCGACGCUACAUCCAGCUCUUCGCUGAUGCUGUGCAUGAUCUUCUGCCCGACUACAGACAAAAGGAGGUCAUCCACAAGGAUGCGUUGGAUGUCUACAUCGAGCAUCGUCUUCUGAUGGAGCAGAGGGUGAGAGGACCAAACGCAGAGCAGCCUCGCGACGCAAGGAAUCAGUUCCCUGCUGAGCUCAUGAGAAGAUAUGAGCUGUACUUCAAGAUACCCUCACAACAGAAGUCCCUCUCUGUUCGUGACAUUAAGGCCAGCCGCAUCGGCAAGCUAGUCCAGGUCAGGGGUAUCGUGACCAGGUCAACAGAGGUCAAGCCCAUGAUGACCGUUGCUACGUACACGUGUGACCAGUGCGGUGCUGAGACAUACCAACCGAUCAAUUCCCCAAUGUUCAUGCCUCUUUUGACAUGCCCCAGCCAAGAGUGUACAACAAACAAAUCCGGUGGUCGUCUCUACCUCCAGACCCGAGGGUCAAAGUUCGUCAAGUUCCAGGAGGUCAAGAUACAGGAGCAGAGCGACCAGGUUCCUGUCGGGAACAUCCCCCGCAGCAUGACGAUCUACGCGAGGGGCGAGACGACGCGCCUGUGCAAGCCCGGCGAUCACGUCAGCGUGACCGGCGUGUUCCUUCCAAUGCUGAGGACAGGGUUCAGGCAGAUGUCUCAGGGUCUGCUCUCAGAGACCUUCAUGGAUGCACAUAGUAUCGUCAAGAUGAACAAAGCAGACGAUGAAGAGAUGUCCAUGGAAGAGCUAUCAGAGGAGGAGGUUCAACAGAUUGCAGAGGAAGAUUUUUAUGAGAAGCUUGCCAGCUCCAUCGCCCCCGAGAUCUACGGCAUGGAUGAUGUCAAGAAAGCCCUUCUCCUUCUCCUGGUCGGUGGAGUCGAUAGGUCUCCCAAAGGAAUGAAGAUCAGAGGAAACAUCAAUAUCUGUCUGAUGGGAGAUCCUGGUGUGGCUAAGUCUCAGUUGCUAGGAUACAUCGACCGUCUUGCACCAAGGAGUCAGUACACCACGGGUCGGGGGUCAUCGGGCGUCGGUCUCACAGCUGCCGUCAUGAAGGACCCUGUCACUGGUGAGAUGAUCCUUGAAGGCGGUGCCCUCGUGCUGGCCGAUGAGGGGGUAUGUUGCAUUGACGAGUUUGAUAAGAUGAACGAGACGGACAGGACGGCUAUCCACGAGGUGAUGGAACAACAGACCAUCUCUAUUGCAAAGGCCGGUAUCAUGACCUCCCUGAAUGCCCGAGUGUCCAUCCUGGCCGCCGCCAACCCUGCUUACGGCCGCUACAACCCUAAGAAGUCCCUGGAGCAUAACAUCCAGCUUCCCGCAGCUCUCCUCUCUCGAUUUGAUGUUCUCUGGCUCAUCCAAGACAAAGCUGAUAGGGAGAAUGACUUGAGGCUUGCCCAGCAUAUCACCUAUGUUCAUCAACAUUGCAAGCAACCUCCCACCCAGGUGAACCCACUUCACAUGAACCUUAUGAGGCGCUACAUCGCCCUCUGCAAGACCAAACAGCCAGUUAUCCCAGAGGCCCUAACGGACUACAUCACAGGGGCGUAUGUAGAGAUGCGUAAAGAGGCUCGUGGGAGCAAGGAUUCCACCUUCACCUCUGCCCGAACCCUUCUUAGUAUUCUACGACUUGCAACAGCUCUGGCUCGUCUGCGUCUGAUCGAGGUCGUUGAUAAGGAGGACGUGAACGAAGCGAUGCGUCUGAUGGAGAUGUCCAAGGAGUCUCUGAUUGGUCAAACAGAUACCGCAGCAAGGCCACAGCGUGCUGAGGACGUGAUCUACCGCAUCGUCUGCGAUGUGAUCUCCGAGCAGUCCGGCCGCAGUAUCAAGUACACCGAAGCGCGACAGGCCUGUCUGGCCAAGGGCUACACCAAUGACCAGUACGAGGAGGCCAUCGAAGCGUACGAGGAGCUCAACGUUUGGCAGGUCAACACGGCAAAGACCAAGAUCACGCUGGUCUAAGAAUAAU